AUGCACCCCUUAUGAUAAAUUUGAGUCAGCACCAAAUGAUUGGGCUCUGCAGUCCUCCGACGAAGCACUGAUCAGGUGGUUACAGAGCCCCUGGAAACGGCAGCACGAUGCAGCUGAGGAGGCAAAGCACAACCCACAGACAAACUGUGGCUACCCUCGAGAGCGAGCCGAGCUUUGCAUCUCCAUCGUUCAGAGACACGAUGCGCUGAGGCUGCAGCAGGGACUAGGGCAACCAUGGAGAAUUGGGUCUUCAAGGCAUCUCCCUGUGUGCUGGCUCUUCUCUUCUUCGCACCAGCUGUUCCGGGAGUUUGUCCUCCUACGUGUUCAUGCUCAGGAAACAACAGAAACGUGGACUGUUCCAGCAGAAACCUGACCACACUGCCACAAGGACUUCAGGACAACAUAACCUACUUAAACCUGUCUUAUAACCACUUGGCAGACCUCAACAGCCAACUGACUCGGUUUGCCAAUUUGAGGACCCUGGAUAUUGCCCAUAACUGGCUUCGGAACCUGCCGGCUAAUCUGCCCAGGUCGCUCUGGGAAAUAUAUGCCUCUCACAACAACAUCAAGGUUUUACAAAAGCUGGACACAGCUUAUCAGUGGAACCUUAAGGUCCUUGAUGUGUCUCAAAACAUGGUGGAAAGGGCUGUUCUCAUCAACAAUACACUGAGCAGCCUCAAUUUUCUCAAUCUCAGUAGCAACAAACUCUGGACGGUCCCCACUAACAUUCCUUACAACAUAGAAACAGUGGAUUUAUCCAACAACUUUUUAACACAAAUCCUACCUGGCACGCUGGUGAGACUCACACGCCUUUCCAAACUUUACUUGCACAACAAUAAGUUCACUUAUAUUCCUGAUAAAGCUUUUGACCAGCUCACUCGAUUGCAACUAAUAACGCUUUACAAAAACCCAUGGUUGUGUGAGGAUGGCAAGCAAGCCCUCUUGUACUUGCAGACAUGGAUGACAGCCACCCGUGCUGCAGUCCUAGGGCAGCCAUGCACAGACGAAGCAGCCACCACAUCUGGGAAAUAUGCCACGCUCAUCUCUGCUGCUCCCACAGCUGUUGAGAACCACUUCCUAGUUAAGGCUAUUAAGGCAGCAGACACAGCUGGGUCUCCCAUGACAACGGAGCAAACCCAACUAGGGCACCACCAAUUUAGAACGAAGGAGGGUAUGCUCAGCGCUACGGUUGGUCACUCUGUAGCCUUUACAAGCACCGACAGGCCACUAAUCGUCUACCCGGAAGAUCUGAGCACAGAGAAACUGAACUCGUAUGAGGCAGCAGCAGCCACGCAAACGAUCCAGCUUCAAGGCACAACCUCUGUAAAUACAAGCACAAUGGGUCUGGAGAGAACCUCCGCGACUCCAAUGACCUUGAGUAUCACCAGUGGGAUCCCUACAAACUAUUCAAAGAGGCCUCAAAGCACAACCGUCACUGUAAAGAAAGGGGAAUCAACCACAAAAGGAAGCAACCCGAGAUCCAGAGCAAGUCACUGCAAGGCAGCGCCUCUCUUCAUCGUAACCCUGACAGCGGUGGCCCUGGCCAUCGGGGAAGGGCUUGUGCUCAAGUGAAUAAUUGCUUCAUUAUUCCUUCUCAAUAAAUGGUUGGAACAAAAAAUGCUCGUGUCCAACAGUGAUUCAAAUGCAAGAGGAGAGCCCGUUUAGAGUCUGAAAGCAACCUCUCCUAAAUGAAAAGACUGCACAAAAUUAGGUCUUGAUAACCAAGCUGCUACUUACUUCAACUAUGUCUGAGUUUUUUUUUUAAAAAGGCUAAUUCUUUAAAUAACAUGAUUGUUUUUAUGAAAUGUGCUUAUUUUGUAUUUACAUUUUUAAUUUUCUUCACACACAAAAAUGAAAGUCUGUAUUUUAUGUAUAGUUUUGUCAUUAAACAUCUGGGAAAGAAACAUAUAAAAGGCCUGUAUCAUAUAUGUAUUGCCUUGCUUGACCUGCUAGUCAGAGAAUCUUGUAAUAUAAAAGUACUACUCCUUUAUAAAAGAUGA